AUUUUCUAUCUUUUUAUAGAUUCAAAAGAAUACAAGUGGAAUCCUAAGAAUGGCCUCCCUGAGCUCCAGCCUAUGGAAUGAAACCACUACAUCUGUUUAUCAGUACCUUGGUUUUCAAGUUCAAAAAAUUUACCCUUUCCAUGAUAACUGGAACACUGCCUGCUUUGUCAUUCUGCUUUUAUUUAUAUUUACAGUGGUAUCUUUAGUUGUGCUGGCUUUCCUUUAUGAAGUGCUUGACUGCUGCUGCUGUGUAAAAAACAAAACGGUGAAAGACUUGAAAAGUGAACCUAACCCUCUUAGAAGCAUGAUGGACAACAUCAGAAAACGUGAAACUGAAGUGGUCUAG